AUGGGGAGAUUGAGUGGGACGAUGGGGGCUUCAGAAUGUCAAGUCCUAUUAAGAAAAAAACGGGGUGGUGGAAGAAAAUCGUUGAAGUGUGUGGGGGGGGAGGGAGGAAAAUGGUUCAAAGAGUGUUUGGAUAUGCAGAUUGGAGAAGGUGAUUUCUUCAAAUUUUGGGAUCACUGUUGGGUUGGGGGAAAAAAGUUGAGCGAAAGAUUUCCUAGGCUGUAUCGCCUUUGUAAAAAUCAGGACGGGUUUAUUUCCAAUAUGGGAGAAUGGUUGGGGGAAGUGUGGGAAUGGAAGUUGGAGUGGAAUCGAGAAUUGAGGGAGAGAGAAAGAGCACAGGCCGAUGAGCUGUUGUCCUCUAUCAAGGAAAUCAAUCUUCAUGCAGGAAUGAAAGACUGUUGGAGGUGGAAACAUACUCCCAACGGCUUGUUUUCAGUAAAUUCAGCAUACAAAGCAUUCCGACAAGCAAGAUCGGAGAAUGGGACUAAUUGUGAGCAAAUGGAUUUCAAGAAACUGUGGAAGGCUCCAGCUCCUCACAAGAUGAAAACAACAGCUUGGAGGAUUCUUAAAGGAAGAAUGGCGACGUGUGAUAACCUCAUCCGAAGAAACAUUUUGGCCGCUAAUUCGAACUCCGACUGCAUUCUCUGUAAGUCGCAGCUGGAGGACCUGAAUCAUCUUUUCUUCUCCUGUCAGAUUACUUGUGAUCUUUGGAAAGAAAUUUUAUCCUGGAUAGGUAUUCAGACGGCAAUGCAACGCACGGCAAAGGAGAACUUCCUUGCUUUUUCUAAUCUUGGGGACAAGGUAGAUUUUCAUUUUAUGGCUUGUGUUUGGAUCUGUGUGGUGUGGUGUAUUUGGAAAGCAAGGAAUGAUUGUAUCUUUAGCCAAGCGUCAUGGAACAUAUCCAAAGUGGUUACCGAGAUCAAGACAAGAACGUGGAGCUGGACGCAAGUGUAUAAACAGAUGCCACAGUCUUUGGACUUAAAAUCUUGGAUGAUUAAGCCUAAGGUGAUUGAGUGA